AUGGACAUCGCUGCGGUCGUGAGCAAAGCCAAGGUCAUGGAAAGAGUCGGCCGCUCCAGAAAUAACCUUCUGGGCGUGUACCAUCAACGGUCGGAAGAGUGGAAGCAGCGCCAGACGCUUUGCCCUGGAAGCCCCGGUUCCCUUAAGAAAAAGCUGUUCAGCACGGCAGAGGCGCAGACUCGGCAACGGAAGGAUGCUUUGCAACAAGCAUUGCAGGAGGUGCAAGAGGCGAAGGAGGUGCAACUUGACAGCAAGGCUUGGCUCCUCGUGGAACUCGACACAACCUGGUGGAAGCUUCGGGCCACUUUCGACAAGUACUUGACGGAGGCGAAGAAGUAUGCCACUGUUUACUCUGAUGCCGUGAGGCUUCUCCAGAGCUAUAUGUCCUGUUCGCUGCAGUUCCUGGAUGUUCAUGAAGGUUACGCUCAAUUUCAAGCUGCGGAUACCCAGCAUCAAGAGGCUUUGUUGGAAGCUUGGUCUACUAUGGUGCCUUUGGCCGGCCUCUUGGUCUCGAAGAUCUUAGACAGCGAUGCCAUGAUCAAGCUGAGCAAUGAAGAUGCCCGGGCUGCCUUUCGCUCGAAAUUCAGCACGCUUUGCGAUAAAUUCGUAUGCUGUCUCGUGGAUCUCACACACAAGCAUAACAAGCUCGUCAGGCACUGCAUGCAGAAUUUUGCAUCGACGUGGGCACGGCAGUGA